AUGACCUUCACCUGGCGUUGUGAUUCUCCGACAGACGUGCCAGGUUACCCCGUCAUCACCGGCUACAUGACAGGUGAGGUCCUGAGGGAGGGGGAGCGUCGCAUCCUCAUCUGCCAGGUUGUGGGCGGCAACCCUCGCCCAUGGGUCACCUGGUACAGACAUGGGCGGCCCAUCAAUCCCACAUCUAUGAUAGCUGCCCCUCUCACCACCCCGCCGGCAGCCACGAGCAGCACGGGUAUGGAGGAGACGGGUGUGAGGGUAACUCAACUGGUGACGGCGACGCGGGAGGAGGCCGGGGCAGUGUACGAGUGUCGGGUCAACAGCCAGCUGCUGGAGCAACCACUCACCUCCAACGUCACUCUCACUGUCCACUGUAAGACAUCACUUGUUACUGUUACUUCAGCAGACGCGCCAACCAAGGUGACUGUGACAACUCCCUCGAUGGCAGUGGUGGACCAAGAGCUGACACUCGCCUGCUACACCUCCGCCGCCAACCCUCCAGCGACCAUCACCUGGAUGAUACAAGGAGUAGAACUGGACAGCAGCUCAUCGGUGGUGAGUCAGGAGGAAGGUGGAGGGUGGGUGACCACUUCCGAGUUGAACCAUGUCGUGUCAGGGCUACACGAUACGCCCCAGGUCACGGCGGAGUGCAGGGCUCACCACCCAGCCACGGAGAGAGCCGUCACUCACCAAUGGACCCUCAAGAUCGCCAAGCGUCCUGGCAGGCCCGUGUUGCAGGUGGAGGGUGGAGGAACGGAGGUGAUAGCGGGCGUCACACUCAAGUUCCUGUGUACCAGCGACGGAGGCAGACCCCCGCCCUCUCUCACGAUGUACAAGAACAAGAAAAAGCUGCCGGUGGAGAUUAAUCAAGAGGGCUACGUGACGCAGGUGAGGGCAGCGCUGCAGGUGAUGCCAGCAGACAACGGUGCCGAGGUUAGGUGCCAGGCGAGGAGCCCAGCCACGCCCACGCCCAUCACCGCCACCACCACCAUCCAUGUGCUCUUGCCGGUGAAGGAGGUGCGAGGGUGGGUGACGCCGAGUAGUGUGGAGGCGGGAGAGACAGUGGCCCUCACCUGUGAGUCUUCCCCCAGUCGACCACUGACCAUCAUCACCUGGCACUCACAGGGGAUUACGGUGCAGGGAGCCACCAUCCGUCACUCUCCUGGACUGUUUGGGGCUACUAUUACCAGGUCAGAGCUGUUGUUGAGGGCCGUGACGGAUGAUGACGGGAGAGUGGUCAGCUGUGAGGCCCACAACGGUCUGGGUGUCACCGUGACGACUAACAUGACUCUCAACGUGUUGUACGGCCCUGUGUGGGUGGAGGAACCUGCCAGGGUGGUGGACGUGGUGGAGGGUGAAGACCUGAUCGUGAACGUAGUAGCCACGGCCAACCCACCCCCCGUCAGUUACACAUGGUGGCGAGGACCGCAGAGUGUGGUGGGUGUUGACGGAGACACAGGGGCCGAGGGUCAGCUCCACCUGGCCAGGGUGCACCGCCAGGACGCCGGCAGCUACUCUGUCACCGCCACCAACCCGAGGGCCUCUCUAAACUCCUCGUUUACCAUCAACGUGCUCUACGGGCCCGAGGGCGUGGAGGCCCCUAAGCGGGUGACUGUGGACGAAGGAGACACCGCUACUAUACUCUGUUCAGCCCUUGGCAACCCCACUCCCAAUGUUACCUGGAUGAAGGACAGCAAUAACACCAGUGAGGUGUGGUGGGGCGUGGGGUCUGCCAGGCUGGUGGUGGAGCGAGUGUCCAGGCAACACACAGCUCUCUACAAGUGCCACGCCUCCAACACUGUCUCUUCAGCCCCCUCUGUGACUACUGCUCUCCUCGUCUCCCAAGCACCCUGGCUGCCAGUGUACCCGGAAGAGGCGAUCGUGCGGAGGUGGCUGGCUCCAGUAGGGGGCAGCACACAACUUCAGUGUCGCGUCAUGGCAGCUCCUGCACCCACCUUCAGAUGGACCUUAAACAAUGAUCGAGUCCUACUGAACAGCCACAAAUACUUCGUCCCGCUCCCACAGCUUGUGGACGGACUGGUGGAGUGGUGGUCGGUGCUGGAGAUAAGGAAGGUGACCGUCAGGGACUACACCUACUACACCUGUACGGCGGUCAACACCUUGGGCUCACUCACCAUUAACCACACUCUCAGCCCUCCCCUCGUCCCUCACCCACCGACACACCUCCAGGUGACGACAGUAACAGCCAGUUCCGUCACCAUUUCGUGGGUCAACAACGAUACUGAAAUACUUGGUUAUACUAUACGAUAUCAAGCAACUGGUAUCCCGGGCUAUCAGUACGCGGAGGUGACCUGGAACAACACUAACGAGGCGGAGGUGGACGGGCUCACACCUGGCACCCAGUAUUACUUCACCAUCCAGACCUACCACCACCACGGCCGCUCCCACUUCACCUCACCAGCCGUCGUAGUCACCACGCUGAGUGUGGAGGAGGAGGAGGCAGCCAGCACUAGCAACGUGGAGGACAGCGGAAAGGGUCGAGUACCGAGACUCCUCCUGCUGUUGUUCUCUCUCACCGCGGCUACACUUUUUGUCCUCACCAUCUCCAUCAUUGUUUGUUUUGUCCGUCGACGAUCAAUUAAGAGAAGUGCCUCAGGAUCAUCGAACAAGACUGCAGCCUUAGAUGUGUACACCCCAGCAACAACUCCUGGAGACAUUAGUCAUGAUGAGCCUGAGAUAAGUUGCUCUCUUGAUAACCUUACUCCUGCCAACAACCAAGUUCUGUGCCUUAAGACAACAGCGAGCCCUGAGGAGACCAGACGUGGCGAACACCAGGUGGUGAUGACAGGUGAGGCAACACCACCACUCACCGGUCAACAAGAUAACAAGGAAUCACCUGGGCAAUAUCCCACACUACCCAUCGCCACUCACCAAGUUAUUACAAGCUCCCCUAGACCACGCACCUCUUCACCCUUCACCAGUGAUAAAUCCACCAGGACAACUCACCAACAUAGUCCCUCACCGUCAGACAGACACCAAGACACUGAAGACCCUCACCGUUUAUGUCUCCCUUCACCACUUACAAGAUGCCAAGACCAAAGGGGAACACAGCAGUUACCUACCGCGUCACCACUCGCUGAUCACCAAGUCAGAAAGAGAGCGCCACAGUUGAUACCUUCAUAUACCAGUCAACGAGUGAGUGGAGACCUGCAACAAUCACACUCUACUUCGCCGCUGGCUACUAGUCCAGGGCGAGUGUGUAACAGCCCCCUACACAACCUAACGAGAGAUGUAAGUAAAGAACAUAUUUUGACUCACUGUGAUGGCCUUCCUUCUGAUGACAAUAUCAGUAUUUCUUCUGCUGACAGUCCCUUAAAACGGAAAAAUAGCGUCAGCAAGAGAGGGAAGGUUUCGGGCCUGACUUCAAAUAUACCAGAUGUAUGCCUGAAGAGUUCUAGACCUUACAAGCCCUCGUCGCCUCGUCAUCACCAGGAGAAACUUACGGACCACGUGGAGGAGGACCGAGUGUCCUUUUCGUCACUGCACAGUAGCGACUCGUGGGUUAACCAUCCAGCUCCUCCAAGAUCACCUCCUUCCCAUCUACUUCCCAAACGAAUUCUUAAGCAGCCACUGUCAUCACACUACACCAGCAAAAGUCCCUGCACAACCUUACGUAGCCCAACAUUACAGUACUCACCACCUCUCUGCCUUCCCUCCAAACCCGCCACACAAGUCAUUUAUCAUGGCCAGCCCCACAUACAACAGCAACUGGAGCAACAACAACUUAAACAACAACAUAUGCAGCAGUCAGUCACUCAACAGCGUUGUUCACCGCAACAACCAGAUCACCAACAUGCUCAACCGCUCCUCCAACUUGGACAACAUUUCUCAGUGCACCAACUUGAGCGCAGUAAUUCACCGAUAGAGAAGCUUCAGCUUCAACAUAAACAUAAGACGGAACAACAAAAAGAGGAAGACUUACAAACUCCUCCGUACAGGCAUCAUCAUCACACCAUACAUGAGCUAUCACGUGAACAUGAACAACAAGGACAACAAUUGUCACCUCCUCAACAUCAUCACCAGCAGUGUCAUGAGGACCAACAACUUCAAUAUCAGUUAAAGGAAAAUUCAUAUCAACAACACCAGCAAAUUUCCCAUGUACAUUAUCAUCAACAGCCGUACGGAAGUACAGCCACUCAUCAUCAUCAACAUAUGUAUGAUGGCGUAGAUGAUCAGAAACAUCACGAGGUGCCUCACGGCCAGCAGCUUCACCUGCCUGACCAACAUCAACAACUGCACUAUCUGCAUCACCACCAUCAACACUAUUCUGGAGUUCAUGAACACUUGCACUCUAGUGACGACAAACAACGAGUUUAUCACCAUAAUAAACACAAAGUUCAAGAAAAUCAAUAUAUCAUGAAGCCGAGCGAUAGAGUGCCAUCAGCCUUCGUGCCACUGGACUACCAAGAGCAUCGUCAAGACCUCCAGUGCUGUACAUCACAGCCCCAUGUAAGAUUUCAGGAGCCACAGCCUCACUCUCCACACACGCAACAGUACGACCCAUCGACCUGUCAUCCUUCACAGUACUCCACAUACUAUGCUCGACCUCUGACGUGUUGCGAUGAAAGAUGUAGACAAAGUAUACAUGAAAAUGUUGCUUAGUCCCUCUUGUGUUGUCACCGAUUGACUCCCUUCGUCACCUUAGGUUACCUUUUAAAACUUUUAAUUAACAUUAUCUUUGUUAAAUGCUUCAUUACUCCUUCAUGUACUCUACACAAUCAUUAGCAAAUGCCUUUUAAGAGAGUACAGAAAUAUCUAGACACCUUAAGCACUGUGAGCAUAAUGAGUUUUCUUUAGCUUAUAAUAAUGUGUAAAAUAGCAUAUUCUUCAACGGGCAAUAAUGACCUAUCGUAUGUAGAUUAAUAAAUCCAAGUUUCCCUUAAUUAUACUAACUGUUUUUAUUGGUUCACCGGUAAAUAAAGCACUACUCUGUAUAACUUCAAUUGAUUUUAUAUAAUGGGUCGUGUGAGGAAACAGUUGCCAUGGCGUUGUAAAUUUGAGUGAGAUGCGCUUAAGAGAUUAUACUGGUGUUGUGUCUCACGGUGUAAUGUAUAAUAAACUGGUGUUCUAUUUUGAUCACACCAAA